CCCGCCCGAAUCUCACGGGCGGGAGGCUCUCGGGCAGCAGCGCAGGCGCAGCCGCCAGCACGCGCCCAGACAUUAGUCGCCCGGUGAUGGGGUGGCCGGGUGACGCGCGCACUAACGGACGUGACUUGGCUUCGCACACUCUUGUUCCGGCUCUCAAAGGCACGUGUCAUUAGCCACGCCCCUCGCAAGACGCUCCGCCCUCUGUCCCGCCUCCUGCGGCCGCUUGCCACGCACAUGCCUGGGGGUUUCCGGAUCCGGGGCAGCCAAACAACCGCCGUUUAGUUCCGGAGGCGCAGGCGCUGUGGCCGUUGGCCGGGCCGCUCCGCUCCCGCCAUGAAGAUCACGCGGCAGAAACAUGCUAAGAAAUAUAUGAGCUUCUACAAGUACAACUUCGGCUUCCGGGAGCCCUUCCAGGUGCUGCUGGACGGGACCUUCUGCCAGGCCGCGCUGCGCAACAAGAUCCAGAUCCGCGACCAGCUGCCCGGCUAUCUGGCUGGGGCCACCCAGCUCUGCACCACCCGAUGUGUUCUAAAAGAAUUGGAGUCAUUGGGGAAGGAACUUUAUGGAGCAAAGCUAAUUGCCCAAAGAUUUCAAGUUCGAAACUGUUCCCACUUCAAAGAUCCAGUGAGUGGCUCAACAUGUCUAUUGUCCAUGAUUGAGAUUGGUAAUCCUCAUCACUAUUUCAUUGCUACACAGGACCAGGAUUUGGCAACAAAAGUGAAGAAAAAGGCUGGAGUUCCUCUUCUCUUUAUUAUUCAGAACACUAUGGUGCUGGACAAACCUUCUCCGAAAUCACUGGCAUUUGUUCAAGCCAUGCAAGCAAAUCAGCUUGUUCCAGAGCACCAGAAACAAAGUAUUGAGCAUCUUAAAGAAGAACAGGGACUAGUAAAAGAGUCUGAAAACAGAAGAAAACGUAAGAGGGCAGGUGGCCCCAAUCCUCUCAGCUGCCUGAAGAAAAAGAAAAAAGUGCAGGAGACCCAACAGCCUUCCACUGCUAAGAGGAAACGAAAAAGAAAACGAAACCGGGCUAAAUCGGAAGCAAAGGCAGUGUAAGUGCAGCUGAGUGUGAAAGCAUAAAGUUGCCCAUAUAAACCGUACAGGACUUAAAUACAGCUUGAACUUUGUGCAAAGAAAAAAAAAUUCUUACAAUUCUAAUAUGAAAAUAAGUUUUAUUUUUAUGAAAUAUAUAUUCUUCAUUGUAACUUUCACCACCUUUGUAUAUUUAUAUCAUCCCAGUAAUACAACUUUCUCUUUAUUAAUCAGAUAAUUACAAAACUUUUUUCCCACUAUAACCACGUCUGCCCUCAAUGAGCAAUUGGAGAGCUGUUAUGUUGCAAAAUCUGGUAUCUGGAGUGCCCCAAGUAGUGUGGUGGUUGGUUUUUUUUUUUUUUUUUUUUAUUAUUAUUAUUAUUAUUUUAUUAUAUUUCUCUGUGCACAGUUCUGCCCUCACAUGAACAAAUGGUGUGUAUUGUUCCUGGCCCUGCCUUAGUUGGGAUCCUAAGGAGGAAGUGUAAAUGAGUUUUAUAAAUUUUUCCUGUAAGAUGUUGUAACAGAUCUCCUCAAACUCUGCAUCAAACCUUGUCUGUAUUUCCCACUCUCAUGUAAGCCAGCGUCCAAUUUCCAGGCCUGUGCAUCAGUAAAGCUGCUUCUACUGUCAG